AUGCCGAUGAACUCGAAGAACGGUAACCGGAAAGGAAGCGCCGGAGAGACGGAGAAGAAUCGCCGGGGAAAAUUACCGGAGAAAGCGAUGUCGUUUCACGGCAGAGGAACGAUGCCUCUGUCGAAUCCAGGCGAGCUUCGAAGACCGAAGACGUUGCCGGAGUUAUUCUCCAAAGGUCAAACCAUCGCCGGACCGGUGAAUCUUAUUCCACCGCGUCUGACGAAACUGCUCCUCAACGUGACGGUUCAAGGGAGUCUAGGCGCUCUACAGAUUAUAAUCUCGCCGGAAUCCACCGUGAAUGAUUUAAUCGACGCCGCGAUUCGUCUCUAUGUGAAAGAAGCUCGCCGUCCUUUGUUACCGGCAUCUGAACCGUCGCGAUUCGAUCUCCAUUACUCGCAAUUUAGUCUCGAAAGUAUAAAUUCAUCUCUUCCUCAUAAAAAAAAAUCGUUGCGGCUGAGAUUUUUGAUUAUGACUUUCUGA